UCAAGAAGGCAGGAAUCAAACGUGGGAAUCCCAUUUAUUUAUAUGUUUUAAAUUUUUGGCCGAUUUCCCUUCAAAACUCCUUUCAGAAAUCCUUGUGACACAUGAAAGCAUGACGGCACUCGGACUUGCAUGUUUGGGAUACUAAUAAUUAUGGUUCGACACAAAUCCACCUUUCCACGGAGCUGCAGCUGAGCUUUCAGUCAACGUCCGGUUGGAUUGUCCCAACGUGAUGGAUACAAAUGCGUUCGCAGUAUUCAAACUUUUUGUGGUUGGAAUUUUGGUCAAUGCUUGGAUGAUGAGAGGAUUGUCAGCCACAGACAGUUUACGCGUGGAGCCCACUCUGCCCCGGCCCAGGGUGGCCAUGUGCAACGAGUCCCAUCUGCAGUGGGAGAUGGAGGUCUGCGGUGAAGGCUUCAAGCGGGACAUGGCUGAGAUAGAUCCACAGUAUUGGUGUAACCUCACUCACUUCAUCAGUGUGUACCACCUCUUCACGAUGUGCACAGAGACCAAGUCCCAGAGCAUCAACUGCUACUGGCCCAACCCGCUGGUGGAGAGGUUCAUCAUCCGCAUACACAAGCACUUCUUCUCCAACUGCACCAUGGAGCAGGUGGUAUUGGUGGACCCGCCGGACGACACGCUCACCAUCCUCAUCCUCAUCCCUGUGUUCCUCACCCUGGCCAUGAUUGCCCUGGUGGUCUGGUGCAGUAAGAGGAGCGACAUCCUGGCUUAGGAAGAGGAGGAUAAGGAGGAGGAGGUGCUUAGAGGAAGAGUGGGAGGAUGGUGAGGAAUGGAGAAUGUGAGAUAAGGACUGGGGCCAAGGUCUUCAACCUCUCCUCUAAAAGAAUACACUGCCUCUAGAUCUGAAUCUUAAAGAAAUACACUGAGUUUAUCAGUGAUUGGCCUGUUAAGUGAUGAGAGCAUAGAUACCAAUAUCAUCUAUGGGUCCCCUAGCAGAGCAUUCAGUCUGGUGCUUAAUGCCAACUAUUUAGGAUAGAAUAUAUUGUGUGCCUGAAUUUAUCAUACACAAAACUGCCAGGCUUUUUGCUACAUAUCUUUUAAAAUUACUUGGCAUUUAACAUUGGAGCUGCUCCAAGUUGUCUUACUUUUGAAAUAAUGUUAAUGCCUUUGCACACUUGCUUUUCUUCACCCUAGGCCAAUGGUUUUCAACCUUUUCGAUGUCAAGGACCCAGUUGAUACACAUCAGGUCACAGACCUGUAUUCCAUGUAACUCUACACUGAAGAGUGACAGAUUAUUCUCUCAUUGGGCUAACUUGUAGGCAAUGAAACAGUAGUGAAGUUAAAUACUUUCCAUUUUCCUGGAGACCCCCCUGGAACCCUCUCAAGGAUCCCUGGGGGUCCUGGACCCCAUGCUGAGCAGCACCACACUAGGUUGACCUCGGCACUGGGCUACAGUAAGUCCAGGCCUUAGGUCAGCCUCAGUUAAUGCUUGUAUUUAUUAAUCCAGUUCUGAAAAUUGCUCGUGGGCUAAGGAUCCACACCUGAAAAUCAAAGCCCAAGGAUAAUGGUUUCAAAGCGUUUACAGCACAGUUAUGAUUACACAAGAUUGGACAUGAUUAGAACAAGCUUUGUUUUUGUUCUAACCUCGAUUAACCUUAACUAUUCCCAGAAAGUCGAGGAUAACCCUGCUCCAGCUGCUGAGUUAAAGCUCAUGUUGAACUUGAACUGCAGAGUUUUAACAAAAGUUUGCCCAUUCUACAGUUUGUUUGAACUCAAACAAUCUCCCCUCCAUCUGAGAUUCAGUAUCUCCUCCAAGUCACGCAUGCACAUUCAAGUUAUGGGAGAAGGAAAUAGGAAUUAGUAAUUGGAAAGCCGGCUCCCCUCUGCCAUUCUGUAGCUACAGAGUGCACAUGACGUGAUUGGUAUGGAAGCAACACCUGAGUCUCACUGCAUUGAUUUUAACAGAGGAGCUCAGUGCAUUUAGUUUGGCUCGGACCCCAUAUAUGAUGGUGGUUGUCAAAAUUGUGGAGAAAAAGUUGCCUAAAGCAGUGGCAAACUCAGCAAGAUGAGGAAUAGUCUAAAUGCUUGUGAAAGGGUUCUGAAUGCAGCCUCCGCACAAUAAAUCAGUCAAUAAUUACAUUAUAAUAUCAAUGUUGUUUUUCUUUUAUUUAAAAAUAUUAUUUGUUGUUUGUGAUUUUUAAACAGUCGAACACUAUAAAAACAAAAAAGUAUUUUUUAGAUCAGGGUCCCUAGGACAAAAUCACCUCAAUGGGGGUCCGUGGCUUAAUGAUAGUCAAUCUGGGGGUCCAGAAUAUGGAACAGUUUGAAAAUCUCUGACCUAGAACAUCUUUAAGGGCAGGAAUAUCUCAUAUUCAAAGUCCCUUUAUAACACACCACAGUGUAUGCUAAAAUGUUAGUACUGAGCGCCAGAUCCAAUGAUCUACGAGGACACGUGGAUCAUUUUGGUGUCCAUGUUGUCAUCACUUAACUGAGUUGAUCAAUGGAGCCAUUUCCCCAAAACUUAAUGUAUUCCUUUAUACUCCUGCAUCUGGACUAUGGACAUCAGAGUCACUUGUCAGAGUGCUGUGCAGUAGCUGAAGGCCAAAGUAUCCACCAAGCACCACAUACAGUCAAUGAACUCUUGACUGGAGAGAAAGGAGACUUCCAGAGGACUGCUAUGCCAGCAUGUAACGUCCAACGUUUGUUGAACGCUUUCUGAUCAUACUGUAUGAUGGCUUGGAAGGACCAAAAUUGGACUUGAAAGACAUGGUGUUCAUUCUACAAUUAAUGUCUUAUCCAGUCUGCUUCUCAUUAAGUUACUGAACGGACUAUGACCACUGGAAAGGCUGUACUGUAAAACCCAAAGACACCAAAGGCAACACUGAGAUCAAGAUAUUUUGGGACUUGAAUUUCUUGUGUGACUUACUGAAGCCCACUGGACUGUUUUUUAACAGCGUAAAUUAUCAGACACUGUUUAAUAAAAUACUGUGUGUAUUUACUCACAAAGAGGGAUUUAAAAGGAACUAAAAAAAAAAAAAAUCUAUGAACUUGGGGACACUGAGACAUGUCAAUGUACAGUUAUCUUCUCUACCAGUGCCAUCUACUGUAUCUCGCCUCUCCAGUUUCACUCAGAGCUGUGCAAAAUUUAUGCUGAUGCUUUGAAAUGAACUCCUGCAUGGGAGGAAGGCUUGACUUAAUGUAUUUAGUAUUUAAUUGGUCUUCAAAACAAAAUUUCCGUGCACCAGCCACAAGGCAAGCAAAAUCAAGCACUACUUUUUCCCACUUCCACUGCAUUUAAAAUCAUUUUGAAGGAGUGUGUGUCAUCUUAAGCUCUCACUUGCUGUGCUUUCAUCCGUACACUGUGUCUCAGUUAAACUAUUAUCUAUGGAAUAAUCCUCUCAGUGAAGCAUACCUUGAUUAAAGCUCAAGUCUCCCUCAGCACGUGUGUAGCUCUUUCCUCAUAAAGUGAACAAAGCAAGGACAAAGAAAACAAUUUCCGGCACACUUUUGAGAUUACUUACUGUAGUUAAUUUCUACAGAUUGUCAUGUUUUCUGAUAUGUUGAAUUCCCACAAGCAUUUUCUCCUUUAUCCCUUCUAACCCUUUGAACCAAAGUCAAAGAAAACCUCUGCUCACCUGUGCUGCUUUUAGUCACUUCACAUAAAGAUUUAAAAUUUCUUCCUUUGAUUUAUUACAAACUGCCCUUGCUUCACACUGAAAAUACAUUAUGAAAGCUAGUGACAUAUAUUAUAGUCAAGUCAGACAGA